AACUGCGCAUGCCCAGAGCGGCGUCACGCGCCCGCCGGUCCGCCCGCUCCUGCCCCGCGCGCACUCGCUGCGGCCGCCGCGCCCCGGGCUCCCCGCGGCCAUGGAGCGUAUCGAGGGGGCGGCCGUGGCCCGGUGCGCAGCCUCGCCCUACCUGCAGCCGUUCACGCUGCACUACCGCCAGAAUGGCACCCAGAAGUCGUGGGACUUCAUGAAGACGUACGACAGUGUGACCAUUCUCCUGUUCAACUCUUCCCGGAGGAGCCUGGUGCUGGUGAAGCAGUUUCGGCCGGCCGUGUACAUGAGCGAGGUGGAGCGCCGCUUCCCAGGGUCCCUGGCGGCUGUGGAAGCCGACCGGCCGCGGGUGCUGCCGGAGGCACUGCCGGGCUCGGCGGGCGUGAUGUACGAGCUGUGCGCCGGCAUCGUGGACCAGCCGGGGCUGUCGCUGGAGGAGGUGGCCUGCAAGGAGGCCUGGGAGGAGUGUGGCUACCGCCUGGCCCCGGCCGACCUGCGCCGCGUCGCCACCUACAAGCGCGGGCGGGUGCCGAGCGGAGAGGGCCGGGGGCUGCUCUGUGGCUCAGCCUGCGCUGUCUCUACCCACAGGGCUGGCGUGGGACUGACCGGCUCCAGCCAGACCAUGUUCUAUGCGGAGGUGACAGACGCCCAGAGGGGUGGCCCAGGCGGGGGCCUGGCCGAGGAGGGCGAGCUCAUUGAGGUCGUGCACCUGCCCCUGGGGGGCGCCCAGGCCUUCUCGGACAACCCGGACGUCCCCAAGACCCUCGGCGUCAUCUUUGGGAUCUCCUGGUUCCUCCAUUGUGUGGGCCCCGGCCUGGGUCUCCUGUGACCCCCGAGGGGGUCUGGAGCCAGGCCGGUCCUGGCCCCCACCCUGCAGCCCAAUAAAGGCUCCUGUGGCUCCA